UUUAGAACUUUUUUUAAUUUUUUUUUUUUUAUUUUAUUACGUUUAAGGAUUUGAAAUACAAUUAUGGAAGAAAAACAUAGAUCUCCUCCAAUAAACCCACUUCUGUUACGUAUUAGAACUUCAAUUGCUUCACUACGUUCAACAUCCAAUUAUAAUUUAUUACCACUUACUAUCGUUUCUCCUAAUACAUCCCCAAUACCACCUACAACUUUUCGUCAUGGACGUUGGAGAACUAUAUUAUUCCCCCCUCACUUUGUGAGAAGGAAAUGGGGUUAUCUUAGUUUUAUGUUGUUAGUAAUAUUUAUUAUAAUAAUUCGAUUGCAACUUUCAAAACGUAAUCAUGUACCGUUUGAAGAAACUCCAGCUGUCACUGGACAUACAAAAGAAUCACAACAACAGCAAACAAAACCGUUACCUCCAAUAUUUUCCACGUUCACAGAUAAUUAUCCGAAACAGUUGGCAAUUUUAAUUCUUACUUCAUCAAGUACCUCAUUAGAUACAUUUAGUAAAACCAUAAUAGAUACUUGGGGUAAAAUAGCUAAACAAAAUAAAUCAUUAAGUGUAGAUCUAUGGUUUGCUACUCCUGAAGAUACAUUUAAAAAAUUUGGUUGGCCAAAUAUACCUUAUAAUGAUGAUGAAAUAAAUAAAGUUGAUAAAGAAGGAUUUGAAAAUAUUGUUAAUAAUAAUGAUGUAACAGAAGAUGUUAGCAUUAAUGAUAACAAAAAAGGAUUAGAAAAGGAAUUAAAAGAUUUAUUAAAAGAAAUACUUCAAGAAACUAUGAUAUUUAAAGAACAAAAUCAAUUAAGUGAUGAACAAAAAGAAUUUCAAAAGUUAACAAAGGCACUUCAUUAUUUAUACGAAAAUCAUUUAGAUCAUUAUAAUUAUAUAUUAAAAAUCACAGAUAAGACAUUUGUUAGAUUACCAAAAUUAAUUGAAUUAUUAUCAACAUUAAAUAAUACUGAAAAUAAUUUUUUACCUAAAUUAAUAGGAAGUCCAAAUUUAGAUCAUGAAACUACAAAAAAAUUUUGUUUUAAAGGAUCAGGUUAUAUAAUAAAUAAAAAUUUAUUAACUAUGAUAGGUCCACAUUUACCAUAUUGUUUAGCAACUAUAAUUAAAAAUAGUAAUAUAAAAAAUAAUUAUUUACAAGAAGAUUUAGCUAUAGAAAGAUGUUUUACAAAAUAUGUACCUAUGUUUAAAGGAUGUGAAACUUUUGUAGAUAGUGAUAAUAAUAAUGAUGGUUUAAAAAAAUUACGUGGGUAUGAAUUUUUAAAUUUAAGAUCUGAUGAUGAAAUCAAUUGGGAGAAAUAUAAAAAACCUUUAGAAAUGUUUAAUGAUGGAUAUACAAAUGGAUGGAGAUUUGCUGAUGCUAUUGUUAUGGGAGAAGUUAAAGAUCCUUCAAGAAUAAUAAAUUUAGAAGAAUGGUAUGGUAAAGAUGGAAAAUUUAAUGAAUUAGUUGAAGAAUUGGGUGGUGUAAUACCGGAUCCGGAACCUAUACCUUUACCCAAACAAUCGGAUUUAUUGACAAUAGAGACUAUAAUGCCAACAGAGACAUCAAAUGAAAAUAUCAAUGAUGUGCAAAGUCAAGGGUCUGAUAAUAUUGAAACAUCAAAUGUAGAUGUUAAUGAUGGAAUACCAACUGAAGCAUCAAAUGCAAUUGUUAAUGAUGGAAUAAUAUCUGAAAAAUCAAUUGUACCAAUAGAAAAAUCACCCUCAGAAACAAAAAAUAUUAUAAAUGAAACAAAUUCAAUUUCUAAAAUGUCUAUAUCAACAACAUCAGAAGAAAAAAUUUCUUCACAAUCAAAAAUAAAUAAUGAAAAUGAUGGUGACUAUGAUGAUGCUACUCUUGAUGUUUUGGACAAUCAUAAUGGAAAUGGGGAAGUAGAAGUUGAUGAAUUAUCACCUUUAAGUGGUGAAGAAUUAGCUGAACCAUAACUUAUGGACUUUUUAUAUUUUUAUUUUUGCGAUUUAUUAAUUAAACUUUGUAUUUGUUAUAUUAUAUAUAACUAAAAAAAGAAUAAUAAUUAAAUUUUAAUAGUCUUAAUUAAAAAUUUAUUUUUUAGAAAAAAA